AAGGUCCGCAUCGCGUGCCGGCGAUGCCGCAUGAAGAGAAUCAAGUGUGAUGGCAGCAUUCCAGCCUGCAGCAACUGCCAAAAAGCCAACGAGGUCUGUCUUGAUGUUGACGGGCGAAACAACUCCAUUUCUAUUCCACGCGACUUUACCGCAAAUGCUCGCGCUCGCAUUGAUUGGUUGGAAGAGCAGCUUCGUCACCACACUCCCCAUGUGAAUCUCGAUGAUGGUCCAAAAGUAGAUUUCCGCCUCCAGCAAGUUGCGAGCCUCCCAGCGACGCUCGAAGCCAAGUCAGUGGAAGCAGAAGACGCCGCAUCGCUUUCAAAACGGACUUUCGACGUCACUCAAGAGCAAACUCCGCCACAGGAGCAACCUUUCACGGCCGAAGCGCGCUCUGUGGCUUUGGAUCUCGGCCUAUUGAGCUUGGGCUCAGACUCCAGACAGCUCCACUAUCUGGGCAGUUCUUCAGGACGGCUAUUCACAUCGCUCAUCGGCCUAGGCUUGCCUGAUACGACCACCCAGACUUCAGCAAGCAGUACCCCUAGCUCGCUCUCUCAAUCCAGUCCUUAUGGGAAGCCGGGUCCUUUUGCCUAUGCAAAGCGUCAGAAAGAAGCUAGUAGGCUGGUUUAUGAUAUCUUGCGCAAGACUCUACCCGCUCGCGAAGACGCUCAGAUUCUGCUGGAAACAUACUUUCGUCACAUUCACGCUGAGCACCCCUUCUUGCAUCCCGGCUCCAUCGUAGCGGCUAUCGAAGCCUUGUAUCAGUGCGCUGCUGCGGAGCCUUCUGCAGAGAUUGGCUUCAAUGGCUGGGUUACAGCAGUUGAGCCAUUCGCGUACAAUGGAGAAUUCGCCCUUUCGCGAGGUGUAAACUGUACCUCCAUAUCCAUCUUCACGGCGACAUUCCAUGUAUUCAUGGUUUUCACGCUGGCGGCUACCGUGAGGACCCGUCAAAGAAUGUACGAUUUUGCACCAGACCAGUUUUACCGGGCAGCAACUUCGGUUGCUCAUUACUGCUUUUCAGACGCAUCGGUAGCCACUCUGCAAGCCAUUCUCCUUUUAGCCGUGCAUAGUCUGCUUAGUCCAACAGAGAUGAAUAUCUGGACACUCACAUAUACGGCAAUGGCACAGUGUAUCGACCUAGGACUGCAUCGGAUGCCCGCCGACGACAAUGGCGCUUCCGACGCCGCAGCUCUGACUCGUAAAAUGGUCUUUUUCAACGUAUAUCAUCUGGAUAGGUCUGUGGCCACCAUCCAGGGGCGCCCACUGGGUAUUCGGGAUGAGACAUUCGAUGUUCAGCUCCCUAGUCUCCAGGAUGUCCAAGCCGAUGCCGCGGCUUUGACGUCUUCAAGCCAGGCUCCUGAGCUAUCGAUUCCUCCCAUUGUUGCGUUCGCGAUUCAUCGCUUUAGGCUUGAUCCCAUCAUUUCGGAGAUCAAGUUAUUAUUCUACCAUCUUCCCAGCCAGAUCAGCGCUUAUUCUUGGCCUGCUGACCAUCAAGCAACUCAAACCGUGAUUCGGCAGCGUUUGCAAGAGUGGCGCGAAGAAGCUUUGCUCAUAUGUUACCAGUGUGCAGUCUCCCGCAUCAACAUCUACAAUAGCCUGUACAACGCAGAUGGUCUUUUCCAAAGCUGGCGCGGCGUACAAGGAGUCUUCUCCUCAGGAGCAACCAUGAUCUAUUGUCUCUGGACGUCGAGCUCCGUACAGAAAUCUGUCCCACUCUCCAAGGCAAUGACUGACCUGAGAACCUGCACAAACCUUCUCAGUGUUGGGGGGGAAUGGUGGCCAUCAGUCAAAAGAGGCAAAGAGACGUUUGGUCGAGCAAUGGACGCGCUGUUGAAGAAACUUGAUGAAUCCAGGGCGCCAUCACGAACGAAGAGCAAGGUCCGUAGCCAUGAUGAGCGACUCGUGCGGAAUGCCCCAGAACAAUCCGACGGAGAGUCAGCCAACUAUGAGUCGCUCACACCCGCGACGAGUACUCAGUCAAAAGAUGUGGAUAGUUUCUGGGGAAUCAGCCCAGCUCUACCAUCCGGUUUCAAUGAUUUUUCCCAAAAUGAUGCCUCAACCAACUAUGGGACGACGGACUGGACUGCUUUGGAUAAAUACAGCGAUCUGUCGUUGCAAUUCAACCAACAGGACGUUGACAGCGCGGUUUCCGAAGUGAAUACAGAGAAUCUGGACAGUACUGUUGAAGCCUUCAUCUCUGAAUUCUUACGGAAUGACACAGCCUGGAACCCUUUCUAG